AUGCUUUCAACACUUCGUAUUCCAAUUGUUCAACAAUGCAAUGAUAACCAGGAACUAUUUGUUGAAAUUAAGGACUCCAAUAUUAUCGAAACCGCAUGCAGUUUAUUCCAAAAUGACGAAUAUCCUGAAGAGUACAGAACAAUCACUAUUCAAUUUAUUGAAGGUUGUUGUAUUAACAACUGUUUACGCGAGUUCACACUCAAAACAAUCAAAAGAAUUGGUUAUUCCGAAUUUAUAUGCAUUGAUGAAGACUAUUCAGCUAAAAUUUAA